CAAAGGUGUAUUCAUGACGCAUGCUGCCAACCGAUACAAGGACGUUAUUCACAGGAUGAGAGAGAAGGACGGAAAACAUACCUCGAUCAGCCAAGAUAUCUGGGAUUCCUGGCAGGCCGUCUGGGCGUCAGAGGACGAGAAGAAGAAGUCCGAUGUAGCUCGCGCUAAUCGGAUGAGCGAGCCUGCUGGAGCCGGUUCCGGACCAGUACGCCAUACAGGGGGAUCCCGUUCCGCCAUCAGACAUAUGGAUGUGUUGGCUGACGAGCUCGGCCGCAAGCCUACCGCAACGGAGCUGUAUACUCAGAUGCACUCCACGGAAGCUGAUAAGGGUGUCAUGGUAGACUAG